UUUUUAUUAUUUCUUCAUAAGCUAAGAUUACUCUCAAAGUCACCAUGACAAACUAUCACUAUGGACUCUUUGCAAUAAUUUUUGUUACUAGCGCGAUUUUGGUUCCAUUUUCCCUUGCUUCUGUUGUUUCUACAGGGAACUUCAACAAGGAUUUCUUCAUCUCAUGGGCGCCAAAUCAUGUAAACACAUCAGCUGACGGCACGACUAGAACCUUAACACUUGAUCAUGAAUCAGGUGCUUCUUUCGAUUCGAACAGUAUGUUCUUGUUCGGGCAAAUAGACAUGCAAAUUAAGCUAAUACAAGGUUAUUCAGCAGGCACUGUUGUAGCCUAUUAUCUUGCAUCUAAUUCACCAAAUCGAGACGAGAUAGACUUGGAGUUCCUAGGAAAUGUUACAGGGCAACCUUAUAUGCUUCAAACAAACAUAUACUCUGAUGGGUUCGGCAAUAGGGAAGAGAGGAUUUCUCUGUGGUUUGAUCCAUUAGCAGACUUUCAUACGUAUUCUAUUCUUUGGAACGUUUACCAAAUUGUGAUCAUGGUGGACUGGGUCCCAAUUAGGGUUUACAGAAACCAUGCAAAUAAAGGAGUAGGGUUUCCAAGAUCACAACCAAUGAGCCUAAAAACGAGCUUAUGGAACGGCGAAGAUUGGGCAACAAGAGGAGGGAAGGAUAAAAUCGAUUGGUCGAAGGCACCCUUUGCUGCUUCCUUCAGAAAUUACAAGAUUGAUGCAUGUAUUUGGGGAGGAAAUCCAAGGUUUUGCAAGGCAAUUAGCUCUACUAAUUGGUGGAACAAAGAAAGAUUCAACACUUUAAAUUUGAAUCAAAGAAGGUUUUAUAAAUGGGUGAGGAAAUAUCACCUAAUAUAUGAUUAUUGCCAAGAUAAUAAGAGGUUCCAAGGCAAUCUUCCUAAGGAGUGCUCCCUUCCUAAAUAUUAAAAUUACAUGGAAUAAUAAUGCUUUGCAAAUUCAGAGAAUUUUCUUGCCUUUAAUUAUAUCGUUAUGUAACGUAUAGUAGUAAGCCAAAUAAUUAAGAGACCAGAUGAAUAGCUAGCAAUUGUGGUCAUAUAUAGAUGACUCAUAUAUAGUAGUAUCUUAAAUAAUUCGAUCUUUUAGAAGCACGAAGCAAGAUUUAUACGGAGUAUUAUUUUUUCGAUAAUUUAUAUGUAGUAGAUUUUAUUCAUGAAAUUCGAACUUGGAUCAUCAAUAUGAAAAUUUAUUUCAUUUUCAU